AAGGUCGACGCACCUUUGAGCUGAAGCCAUCAUAGUUAAAGGCAUGUUACCGAACCUGCCUGGAAAGAUAGUAAAGAACCUUGCAAAUUGUCCAGCUCUUAUCAAACAAUCAGCUCUUGAAUUAUUUGAACGGAUAAAAUCUUCUGAUCAUCGUCGUAUCUAUGAGGUUUACGAUAAUUUGACUGGUCUAGAUCGUGUUAGGUCUUUACAUGUUGGAGUAGCUGAGGCUGAAAAAAACUUUACACAGAAGCAAGUUAAACGGAAAGAAUGUCAAAAGGAAGUUUUUAUGUUAGAAGAAGCACGAAAUCGAAUCAAUGUACAAAUGGACAGUGUCAGGCGCAGUGAUGAAAGUUUUCUGAAGUUAGUCACAGAGUUACAUGAGCUUUCACGUCAAUACCAACUGGCUCGUGAUCGAUUAUCAUCGAUUGAAUCAGAUGAACACGCUGCCUUUGAACAAUUCUCCAGUAUUUUACGUCAUUCUCAAGCAGAAGAAAGAAUUCAAGCCAACAGAAUGCGGCAGUGGACUGUUGGUUUUAGCCUGGCUGCUGGAUUAGUUGGUUUCGGGGCAACAUGGAUACGAUUUCGUCAACUUGACAAGCAGACAAGGUCAAAUCAUUUAACAGCCGCCAGUAGUGAAGUUGCUGAAUUCUCCACGGAAGAUUUGAUUACAGCUUUUCAGUUAUCAGAAAAAAAAUCCCGAGCCGUUUUAAAUGAGUUGGUCGUAAUCAAAGAUAAUUUAAAUGAUUCUGCAAAGUCAAUUAACGAAGCAGCAUUAAAAAUAUCUAGUGCGGAUCAUCUUCCAAUGAAACUGUCCUCUCUAAUUGAUGCAGACAAAUUCAACGUGAAUGACAAAAACAUGUCAUAUAUAAAGUAUACUGGAAUUGCACUGGUCUCUGUUUUACUCCUAAUUUGGUUGAAUCGAUGAAGUGAGUGGAGGAACAACAGUGGUGUCCAAAAUUACAUUUCGCCGUCUUCGCCGGCUUCUUUUUCUUCUAGAAUAUCUGGUAUUGAUGAUGUAGCUAUUUUUUUUGAUUUUUCGUCUGUUUUCUUACUUAUUUACGUGAAAUACUCCCAGUUUUCUACUCUAACUCCUGCCCCCCUAGCUCACCAUAUAUGACCUUUCGUUGGUGUGUAAACCUUAACUCCAAUAAUUCGAUUCUUCUAUAACUACUGCGUGAAAUUGAGUCUUUCUAUAGAUUGAUAUGAUGAGAAACGUAUAUAUAUAUAUAUAUAUAU